GGUUUGCACAGGGGGGCUCCUGGAAUUCGCGAGAGGCUUAGGGCGGCGGUCAGACCGUGGAGGCCCCCGAGCAACCUGUCGCGGAGCUGCGUUUGCAUAGCACGCAUACUGUAUUUUCUUAGGGCGAGUGUGUGUUCGGGGCGGCUGCGGCAACUGGGCUAACGGAGCUGAUGGAGACCCCGGCGUGGCCUCCGGCAGAGGAGCUGAAAUUAGAACCCGGAUGGGCGGACCCCGGCCCGGGAGCGCUCGCGGCCGGGUGCACGGCGCCCCCCAGUGGUAUGCCGGGAACCGGAACGCCGCGCGCUCCCAGGCCCGCCUUGUCUCCCGACAAAAGAGCUAGAGUUCCGGGGAUCCGAGCCCACCUCGCCGGGGAUGGGGCGGGUCCUCCCCUCCUUGGCCUCCUAGGCUCUGCCGAGGCGGUGGGAAGCAGGGCCGCCCAGCCCGGAGUCCCCGCGGGGGGAGAGGAGUGUGGGCGGGGCUCCCGGAGGUGGGGCCCCCGGGGCGGGGAGCGCCGAGUCCGCUGGCCGGUGUACAGUCUCGCUGGAGUCCGACAGAGCCCACACUGGUCCCGAGAUGUCGGCGAGCAAGCGGGUGGCAAAGGAGCUGGAGGAUCUUCAGAAGGAGCUUCCCAGGUACCUCGGGAAGCUGUUCAGCGAUGAUGCCAACGUGUUGGUGUGGCACGCGCUCCUCCUGCCUGAAGAACCGCCCUACAACCUCAGGGCCUUCAACCUUCGCAUCAGCUUCCCGGAGGAGUACCCACUCAAGCCCCCGACGGUGACGUUUACAACCAGGAUCUACCACCCCAACGUGGACACCGAAGGCCAGGUGUGUCUGCCCAUCAUCAGCAACGAGAACUGGAAGCCCUGCACCAAGACCUGCCAAGUCCUGGAGGCCCUCAACGUGCUGGUGAAUAGACCAGACCUGCGGCAGCCCGUUCGGGUGGAGCUCGCCGACCAGCUGACCCAGGACCCGGAGCUGUUCAACAGAAAGGCCGAAGAGUUCACCCUCCAGUUCGGAGUGGACCGGCCCUCCUAACGCUGCCCGUGACCCGUCUCUGCACCAGAUGUUCUCUGCGUGAUGGACGGGCAUACCGCACAGAUGGGGAGCCAGAGCCCCUUUGUGAUCCUGCUCAUUUCUUCCAAGUUUUCCCUUGUAGGCUGUUAGUCCUUAGUAUGUGUGUGUGCGUGUGUGUCCGUGCGUGAACGCGCAGGUGUGUAUAUUGGGGGGGGGGGUACAGAUGUUUGUGGUAUGUGGACCCAGGGCCCACAGGUGUGCUUGUCCCACUCCCUUUUUCUGCUCCAGAGCCAGGGACAUCAAGGUUUGCAGAGUCACAGGCCAGCUCUUCUGGGCUCUGUGAGAUGGGAUUCCUGGUUUCGCUAGUUGGGCCGUCGUAGAGACUCAGGCCACCUUCCAAGCCAGCUUGUGGGCAGUGAGCCCAGCAGCUGACCGGAAUCCCGCGCCAUGGUCCAGGCACGGAGUGGAGGGGUGGUGGGGUGUGUGGGUAGGAGGCAGGUCACAGGGUGGGGAUCCUUUUCACAGUGGAUCAUUUUGUUGAUUGAGUGAAUGAGAUCAGCCAGACCACUGAUAGAUAUAUAUAGAUUUAGGUGCAAAACCUUUUCUCUUCCAUUGAUGAAACAUAAAGUGAAAAAUCUAAUCUCAGAGUUUCCUCAUGGCCCAGUGGGUUAAGGAUCUGACAUUGUCACUGCAGUGGCUUGGGUUGCUGCCGUGGCACAGGUUCGAUCCCUGGCCCAGAAACGUCCACAUGCCUACAUGGUUUCAAAACCACUUGCUGUCCCAUUAGGUUGCUGGUUCCUGGGGACCAGGCUUUAAGCAGAGAGAGAUCUCCCCUCCAGCUUCCAGUCCAGGGGGGAGCCACGGAGACCAUGUGCUUGCCCAGCCAUUAAAGUCACAGAUGAACUGUGGA